AUGCUCUUACAACUCAUCACCCGCAGACCCACCCUCACCCGUGCUCUCCUUACUCCUGUCACACUUCGUGCUACAGGAGCAGCAGCCCCUUACUGCCCGGCCACCUCCUUGUUGCUCUCUCGCACCCCUUCCUCUUCAUCCGAGUACCGUCAAUAUACAUCCUCCUCUUCCCAUUCUUCAAAGAUCCAAGAACUAGUCCUGAAGUCCACUGAACAGCUCCUCCAACCCCCACCAGACCACACGCCAGCACCCACCCAACAAGUCCUCGACGAACUCAAGGCCAGAAUCACCCUCACCGCCCACCUCAAGAACGACCUCGGUAUGGACAUCUUCAAGACCUACCAGCUUCUGGACCGGAUCGAGCAGGGACUCGGCAGUGACAUUGAUAUCCCCGUCGAACAGGCCGAUAAAGUCCAGACCCUCCAAGAUGUCGUCGACCUCGUCUCCAGCGCCCAGAAAUAA